AUGAAAGCUAUGAAAGCUUCACUACACAUAGCUACUCCUUUUGCUCUCAUUUCACCCAACCAACUACUCAAUUCAAUCGCUCUUGGGGAUAAGUAUUUUGGUUUCAAAUAUAGCAAAGAUAAGAGGAUUGUAAUGACAAUGGUGGCCACAGGAUUAGGUCAAGGUGGUGGUGUGUUGGAGAAGCCCCCAACCAUAGAGACAACAUCGCCUGGUCGAGAAUCUGAAUUUGAUUUAAGGAAAUCAAGAAAAACAUCCCCACCAUACAGAGUAAUGUUGCACAAUGACAACUAUAAUAAAAGAGAAUAUGUAGUACAAGUGUUGAUGAAAGUGAUACCCGGAAUGACAGUUGAUAUUGCGGUUAACAUCAUGCAAGAGGCACAUUAUAAUGGAUUAGCAGUGGUCAUUAUCUGUGCUCAAGUUGAUGCUGAAGAUCAUUGCACACAAUUGAGAGGAAAUGGCCUUUUAAGUUCAAUUGAGCCAGCAGAUGGUGGUUGUUGA